CACAGUCGGGAUAAGAUUCGUGGGAGAGGGGGAACAAGUAGCUAACAAGCUAGUAGUUGCCAAGGUAGUUAGUUAGCUAGCUGCAAAUCAUGCCGAAACACACAAGAUAAAAAGUCCUGCGUGUUAUUUGACGUAUUUCAGUCAUUUAAUAUAGACAUCAAUAGACACGCCUAUUUCAUUAUUUCGAUGUGUAGCCUACUACCGUUAGCUUGCUUCACAUCAGACUUCAUUUCAUAAUGGAAAUACCAGCAUUAGCUUGCUAACGUUAGCUGUAGGUUAAUUAGGUUGGCUGGAAUAAACGGUGGCUCUUUAAAACAAGAAAAUGAGUUUCGAUUGUCUCUUAAAACGCACUUUCAUUUAGAAAUCUUAAGAUUUUCCGUUCGGCUACACCCACAUUUCCUAUUGAUGCUAUCAAAGGAUACAAAGAAACCUGCAUCUUCAUUCUAGACGGCCCUUAUAGACUCUUAAAACAUAGCUCUUGUUUUGCAUGGAAUGAUUGGUUAUGGUGUGUCUGGGUGGCAGGUGUGUGAAUGUGUGCUGAGACUGGGAAGCAGUGUUGAAGGUCAGGAUGCCAGCUCCUCCCCCAGCCCCGCCUGCCCCAGGUCCACCCCCACCACCUCCCACCUUCAGCCAGGCUAACACCACUCCACCCAAGCUGAGUCGCGAUGAAGCGAAGGGGAGAGGGGCCUUGCUAUCAGACAUCUGCAAAGGCACUAAGCUUAGAAAGGUUUCUGUGGUCAAUGACAGAAGCACACCUAUCCUGGAGAAGAAUUCAUCUGGCAGGUCCAUGCUGCUUGCUCGGGCGCCUCGCCCUCCUGGUGAGAGUGACAGCUGCAGCCUGCGGGCUGUGUCCCCAGAUCUUCCUCCUCGCCAGCGGCCCUCCCUCCCAGACCUCCCCCGAGCGGCCCGCACUGGAUCCUCCCCUACAGUCCCCAGACAAAAGCCGCCAGCCCCGCCUCCGCCCCCACCUUCGCCCCUUUCCCGGGAGAAACCCCUGCCACCCACACCUGGCCAGGACAGUGCCCGCCCUCUGCAGGCCAAGCCACCCCCCUCCCCACUUCAUCUGCCCUGCUCUGUGGCAGGAGGGGGGUCUUUGUCCUCUCCCUCCUCUCUGGCCCCGCCCCCUUACUGCCAGCCAAUCACCGUCUCCAGCAACCACUCCAGCCCUGUCAGUGAGGCGGCUCCUAAGCUCCCUCAAAGGCACAAUUCUCUCCCGAAGAAAACUGGCCCUGGCUGCCACACCCCAACUCGGGGCCAUGCCCCACCUCCUCCUCCAGCCAGAGACCCUCCCAGCCGAGGAGCAGCUCCACCUCCUCCUGUGAUGCGCAGUGGCGGCCGGGAGGCCCCGCCCCCACCCCCACCCCCUUACAGGACACAGUCAAACUCUGAGUCCCAUAGCAGAACCAAGAACCCACCCCCCCGCACACCUGCUGUAGCUCCCCCUCCCCCACCCGUUCGCAAUGGUCACAUCUUCAGGUGCUUUGUAGAUGAUUUUGAGUCCAAGUACUCGUUCCAUCCACUGGAGGAUUUCCCAGCCCCCGAGGAGUACAGGCAUUUCACCAAGAUCUACCCAAGCAAGACGAACAGAGUGAUGAGAGGGGCCCCCCCAUUACCCCCUGUGGGACGGUGAAUUGUGAGGUUUUAAUGGACAAGAAACAAGGGUUCCCCCACCAAACACAGACAUACCCACAGGCACAGACAAACACAUUUUAUGCACAUUAAGAACUAGCCUGCAAUAAAUCUUUGUAAACUGUACACCACCACCCCCAGCUUUUCACAUCAUUGACAAGGCCCCACUUAUGGUCCACAUUCCUUUAUUUUCACUGCAUGGCUACAGCAGAUCUUUGGAAGCAGGAUGAGGGCAAGCCCAGGUUGGGCCAGCGCAGAAUGGAGGAGCUGUGUGCUGAGUGACAGGCCCAAAGGUCACCUUUGCCUGACGCACCUGACCAUUCCAGACUUUCAGGUGGAAGAGAGACCUUUAGCGGGUUCACAGGGAUCCGUGUCCAGGCAUGGCUGUUCGAUUUUAGAUGGUACUCAUGCAACUCCACCUGUGAGCCAAAGAACUUUUUUUUGAGUCUUUUGGCAUAUGAGCAGGAGCCAGACUGGAGAAGCACUGAGUGGGGUGAUUCAUUGAUGUUCACUGAAGUGGCAAACACAGGCAGAUACAGUAGCUCCUUGCUUAACAGGAUAUGAGGGUGGCAUGAAAAGACCAUAGAAACAACCCCUAUACUUCAACCUACAGGAAUAUCAUUUGGAUAGCUGUAUGUUCUGUUUGAGUUAACAGCUUAAAUGUGUCUGCUUGUGCAAUGAUGAAGCAUGCUUUGUAAAAUUGCUUUCAAAUUAAACUAUACUUUCAAAUUC